AUGACGUCCCUUCAAGCUUCGCUGCUUCGCGGCAGCGUCCGAAAUGCGUCCGCAUCGUCGUCAUCGAGCACCAAACCAUCCACCACCGACGAUGCACAGCUCCCGGAAGCUUAUCAGCAGCAACAGCCGCCAUGGCGGCCACCACUCCAUCCAGCUGCUCCCGAUCGCGACGCUCCAGACCUCUUCCCUACCAAACCCGGUCAGCCAGAAGACGACAUGUCGCAGCUCUCGGUCCGCAAAGGCUUCGAUGCUCGCCCCCGCGUCCGCAACGAAUCCUUCUUGGCACACCAAAUGCUGCACCAACGGAUCUCGGUGCCAGGCCUCAUCGAUUCCCUCUCCAAAUGGAUGGACGAAGCCGUGCAGCGUCGCACCGAGCUCGAUCGCGCUAGUAUCGCCCCCAGUCAGUACAAGCCACCCUCGCGUGUCACGCUCAACGAGGCCAAGCUGGCCAACUACGUCAAAGACCUCGCAGAUCCUAGCGUUCCCCUCACGCGUCUCUCGAGGAGUGUUCCGCACGGCUUUCGUGGCGAGAAGCUCUUUGAAAUGCUUUGGGCAGGGGGCGCAUUGCCUGCCGCCGCGGCAAGCACCGCCUCCGGCUAUUUCAAUCCUCGAGUGGCCCCUCUAGGUACUGCAUCGACGCCUUCCUCUGCAACAACUCCUGGCGCUAGCAUACCUUCUUCGGCAUCUGCGGCAAGGAAAAGCGUCGACAUCUCCCGCGCUGUUUGGUUCAUUCGUGCCUUGGGUGUCGCCGAGCUCUCGUCCUUGCGCAACAAGUCGGCGGCUACCAUCGUUCCCGAAAUCACCUCGAACCUCUGCACCUGGAUGGCCAAGCAGGUCACCGAACUCACUCUCGUUCAGGCCGCCGAAUCUUCCUCCACCGCCGCUGCAUCUCCUGCUCCCUUCUCGCCCUCUUCGUACCUUCCCCGCACGCCCGGUGCUGGCCCUCCCACUUCGCUCUCUCGCUCCGUAGCGACCGCACAUAUCGCCCGCACCCCAUCGAAUCUCCAUCCUGCCGCUUCUCCAUCACCUGCCCCCGGCAAGGAAGUAUGCUCCGUGUUACAGAACGAGGUAGACGAAGAGAGGUGGCUCGCAAAGUGGUCCUACAGUCUCUCCCUGGCACGCCACUUGCACGCGCAGAAUCUCCUUGACCGUGCUAUUCUGGUCCGAUGGAUCGUCGAUGCCUUUGCUGCGUCCAAUCUCGUCCAGCUCCCUUUCCUCAUCGAGCUCGUGCAAGAGGUUCUGACCUUCAUCUUGCGACGUCGAUGCUUCGUUAAGCCCUUCUUGACCGCGCUCUUGAUCCAAAUCAGCUCUCUGGAUGCACGCUUCGAUCGGACAACCUCGCCUGCUCUUCGCACCAAGCUCAUGCUCCUCUUCCGCAUCGUGUGCGAGACCAGUCCCGACGCCCUCGUCAGCCCUCGACUCUGGUCAGAGCAUGCAGACACGCUCACGCAGCUCCUCGCCGAGGUCGCCACCGACGCGGAUGGCCUUCCAAGCGAGCAUGCUACCCAAACCAUGUCUGACUUUGUCGAACACGUGGUCAAACCCAGAGUCGAUCGAUUGCUCCUUCGUCCUGCAAAUCGACAAGGAUCAAAAGAAGAUUCUAGCACAGCGACAUCCUCGCCCGCCACGGCCACUUUGCAGCAGCAUCUCGACAUGGAAGCUCUUGAUUCGUUCGACAUGAGGACAAUCGAUCGAGUCUUUCUUCAGACGAGCGGUGGCAAUCAUCGACACACGAAGCAAGAGCGUGACGAUUCCGUCUGGGCGCCAAGGAUCGAAACCAUCCUUUCAUGGGCCUGUAGCGACCGUCGCUCGGGCGUAGCGCGGCAGUACCUCGCUGCCACGUUGAUCGAAAAGAUCCGUUUCGGCGUCACAUGGGAGGAGUCCAGCGAAGAGACCGAUCAGGUGUCUUUGCCGGCCUUUGACCUCGAGCAUCACACCAAAAAGACGCGCAAGAUCAACGUAGAGCCCAUGCUCAUCAAGUGGCUAGGUGACGUCGAGGCAUCUCUCAGUCCGAUAUCGGAUGGAGUCAUUGGUGCAUCGCACACAUCGCUAUUGGCAACCAUCGACGUUACCGCUAUCGUGGUUCUCGUCGGCGAGCUCGCAAGAAGAGGCAUCUUCUCCUACACAAAAUAUCUGCAGAGACUGAUUGCACGUGGUAUGACCACUGCCUCGGCGUCCAGCGCGGGCAACGACGCUUGCGCAGUUGCCCCACCGUCCAGUGGCAGUCUCUCCCGAGAUUCCUUGCACCUGCGACUUCUGCGCUCGCUGCCGCUGUACGACCAACCCGCUUCUGUCUAUCAGCAGCGCAGACAGGCCAUCUAUGGCGACCGCACAAAGGAGACGUACGAAGACGCUGUGCAGCGUCGAGCCCUGCGCCAGUUGCAGUCAUUUCUGCCAUUCGCUUUCGUGGAGCAAGAAGAGCAGCAGGAAUCUGCUGAUCCUCCAGCAGCUUCUCACCCUGCGUCGGUGCCUGAAGAGAAUGGAUCGGGCGAUCUAGAACAAGCCCUCUCCCGUCUCUGGUCAGCAUCACGCUUCGUGCGCUGCCGGAUCUUCCGCAAUGAGCUGCUCCCAGCGGUCACGACACGCAUCGAGAGGAUCAAUGGCAACCAGCUUUCCAUGGUCUCGGCGGUUCUUGUCAUGGCUGACGAUUUUGAGGGUCUGGCUCAGCUUCUUGCGACACUACUGCUGCGCCCGCUGUCCGACAGCCUCGCUCGGGCUACUUUCAACAUGGUGAUCGAACACAGCUUGGUCUGGAGAUCGAUGGACAUCAUGGGCACACUCAAUCAGUUGGUGCGCCAGCAGCUCAACCACUCGAGCUCGGUCCGAAACGAUCGUCAGGCCGUCAUGGCAUCGACCACCCUCUUGCGGCUUCGCACUCUGAUCGAGGGCAUUCCCGGUCGCAUCAGCGCGCCUGCUCUCGAUCCUGGCGCAGAGACCGACGCCAUACACCAGCAUGUACAAGCAUUGAGACCGAGCGUAGAUACGUUGCUCGAUCGCUUCGCCAACAUCUCUCGGGUCGCUGCGGAGGCCACUGAAGCAGGAAAGACGCCUCCUGAAGGGUCUGACAUCCUCACGCCCUUCCGCAGUCUCUUUUUGCAGUCGGACGCCACUGGCGACGAGGUUAUCGAGCGUACUAUCGUGGAAAGUGUGCUGGCGCGAUCCGAUCAUUCCCUCGUCCCUGCGGCUGUACGUCUCAUCGAUCAGCUCUACCUCGAGGCUUCGCUUGAAAUUGACGAACGACACGCACGGUGGCUCUCACACCUCGCCCAUAGCAUCGAACAAGGGACCCAUGGCGGCAAGUCGAUCGGGGCACUGCUCGCCUUGCUGACCCGGCUCAUUGCGCACGGCACGCUCAAUUUGCAGCUCGCCAUGGACGCGUUCUUGCUUCCGUCUUUGCUGUCCUCUGUUAGGAGACUGACGGAUCCAGCCACACGCGGGACUGAAACUUCAUCGAACAUUGGCGCUAUCGCUCGUGUGGUCAGCGAGAUCUUCUCCAGCGUCACGGACGAGGUCACUUCGACGAUCUCGUACGAAGACAUGCGCGCGUUCGGAGCUCAAACCAUGCUGCUCUUCGCGCACGUGAACCUGCCGUCCCUUCUCGGUGCUGCGAGCUGCUUGAUCUGUGCUUCGGAUGCAGCUACCAGCAUCGACGCUGCGGACAAGGCCUCGAUCGAAACCUUUUGGAAGGCGUUGCUGCGAUCGCAGCCCAUGCAAAUCGCAUUCCGUCAGGAUCCCAGACUAUGCAUCUUGACGAUCAAGGACACGUGCAAGUCGAUGUGGGGCUGCAACCCAUCGCGGGUCAUCGACCUGGCCAUGGGCUGCCUCGAUCCGACGAGCCUGUUGCUGCAGGACGUCGCCUCGGUCGACGCCGCAUCGAUCAAAGCUCGACUAGAUGGAUGGGACACCGCCGUGGUCGCCAAGGAGCUCGUCGAGAUCUUUGAGCGACUGCAGCUGGUCGAGUCGAGCUUCCAGUCGAGAGCCGACAGCAAGACCAAGGCGCUGGCGUCGGGGAUCUUUGACGACCUCUUUGUCAGGCUGCCGGCUACCGGCGCUCAAGUCAUGCGCGACUGCCAAUCGAGCGGGCUGAUCUCGCGCUUCACGGAUAUCGGCAUCAAAAUUCUGUCGGACAAGGUCAAGGCUAGCAAGGCUGCAACCGAAGGAUCGACUCUCGACAGCAGGGAUGCAGCCAAAGACAGCUACGUCGAAACGGCUGCACCGGACGAACCGAAUCCGAGCUCUUCUGCACAGACUGGAAGCAGCACGGCCCCGAUGAAGUCAAGCAAACCAUCGCAAGAGGACGAAGGAGUCGAUUCCACCAUGCGCUCCGUGCUGCGCAUGUGCGAGCAGCAGGACAGCUUUACCUUCAACGCCACGGACGCCGACUCGUGUGGGCAGCUCCUGCUUCACGUCGUCUCCUUUCUCGAACACGCUUUAUCUCCCACCGACUCCCGCACCACCGACGUGGCGACGCAGCUACUCCAGCUCCUGCACAGCGGAACCUUCCAGCUGCUGCAUCUCGUGCUGCGCUUCGGCUGUCUCUGGAGUGUCCCGAUGAAAGCCGUCGCCCAACGACUCGUCAAGUCACUCCUGGAUCUGACUCGGCAGGCCGGUCAACUCCCCGAUUGCAGCACGCCCUUCACGCUGCUGCUCGACUCGCUCAGCUUCGUGCUGGACGAGCUACCCGCGCAGCUGCUCAGCGCGUGCCUGCCGGAGCUCGAGACGCAGCUAGCCGAGCUCGAGCUGGCUACGCACGAGCGGACGAGCAAGAUGCAGCAGCUCUCCUUCCGACUGGACAACGCUGCUGGGCAAUGGCUGGUGGCGUCGAGCGCUGAGUCUGCGGUGCGGAAGGGCUGGUUCACAGCGGGCGGGCUGAAUGCGUGGGAGUGCGCGGAGUACCUGGAUGCGCCGCCGACCAUCGCGCCGGCUGCAAGCGGCAACGCUGUCCGCGGUGUUCCUUUACAAACACGUCCGAUUUACGCACGACCAGACCCGGCGAGUCAGACCGACGCAGCAGCUGUACCAGGCGCACGAACAGGCUGGUCCACCAAGCUCACGCUCAACACGUCGAUCCCGCUGACCCUGCUCGGCCUGCGCGUCACGCGCGAUCUCGUGCCCAACUACAGCACCGAUUCGCCCAGCGCCACGUCGGUCGGGAGCAACGCCGAGCCUGCACCCACACAGACGGGUCUCGAUGCGACGCUGCCGGUGUUUGUCGAGUCCGAGCGGACGUAUGGCGGGCGGGUGGGUGGUGAGCCUGCGUUUGCGCGCGAUGUACGGCGCGGCUUGCUGCUGCGACCGACGCUGCCGGUUGUUCAGGAUGUCAGCACUGCGAUUGGACAGGAUGGGAUUCAAAAGGUGGUCUCGGGCACGGGAAGAGGGUCGGAGAAAACAACGGUGGGACUCACGAACGACGCCAUCCCAGUCAUUGAUCUAAAGUGGGACGACGACGAGGUGAUGCCCUUGCAGCAACCGCCGGCUGUAACAGCGGCCUCACAGGGGAGCAGGAAGAGACGCAUGUCGAAGCGCGAUUGA